AUGCUGUCGGGCGCGAAACUUCCAUGGGAUAUCCUCUUCGGAUUUCCCUUACUAAUCCUGUGGAAUUCGCUGCUCGGUGUUGUUCCGACGAGCAGCUUCCCUAAUCCUUCCGGUACCGAAUUCGAUUGCUCGCCGGUGCCCCAAGAAGGCAGCGUUGUCGCUGUAGCUCAGGAAAGCUGGGGAGGCAGAGGUAGUGGACUGUGUGAUGCUAAGGUGACUUUAUACUUGCCCAGCUUCCAUAUCUCUGAUAAUAUUAGAUUAUCGUACUUGAAGGCAUGA